GUCACGGCGUAGUGUUGAGUUUGUUAUUGUGUUGUUCGUAUCAACAUCAACAAUUAUGGAGCGGAUGUAAAUAUAGUAAACGGUGUUACUAAACAGCACAAUCGGAAGAUGGGGAAAGAUCACGAUCUUCUCGAAGCUUCGAGGAAUGGAAAUGUUCUGGUUGUUGAAAAGAUCCUUAGCAGUCGUCGCAAAAGCGGGCCACUUGCAAUUGGAAGUUUGCUGAGGAAAGGUGCCAACUGCCAGGACAAUAGUGGCUACACCCCCCUCCAUCAUGCAGCACUCAAUGGACACAAAAACGUUGUCGCAGUACUAUUGCAACACGAGGCUUCAGUGAAUACCAGUGACCACAAGGGGUCAGCACCUCUGCACCUGGCAGCCUGGAGCGGAAAUCUUGACAUUGUCAAGUUGCUGCUGAUGCACGGACCCAUCUUUGCGCAAGUCAGUCAGCAGAAUAAGGACGGUGAGACGUCGCUGCAUUCUGCAGCUCAGUACGGUCACACCGAAGUCGUCGCCGAGUUACUGGAGCACGACGGUGACCCGACGCUGAGUAACAGCCGAGACGAGACGUGUCUCGACCUCGCCGCGCAGUACGGCCGCCUCGACACCGUCCAGCUGCUCGUGCGCAAGCAUCCCGAGCUGCUGACCAUCAUCAGCCUCAAGCACUCGCCGCUGCACCUCGCCUCGCGCAACGGUCAUCGCAGCGUCGUCCAGUGUCUGCUGGACGCCGGCUACGGCGUCAACACGCAGACGGAGACGGGUAGCGCGUUACAUGAAGCAGCACUGUACGGCAAGGUAGACGUGGUGAAGUUGUUGCUGGAUCAAGAUAUAGAUCUCAGCAUCUCCGACAAAACGGGCCAGACUGCCAGUGGCCUGCUACAGGGACAGACAGGGCCAAAGUCGAAGGAGAUAUUAGAAUACAUUCGAGUAAAGGCCGACUCUGUUGAUGAAUUGACCGGCCAGGUGCAUCCUAGGAGCUGUUCCACAGCCAGCUCUCUCUCCCAAUCAUCGCAGAGAUCAGGGGACAGUGCGCAGUUGGGUUUUCUAAGCACCCGUGAGGAUAUUUACCAAACGCCACCACGACCUCACUCAGAAUCCUCUAGUGACAGUCCAUUUGAUUCUAGGAGGGGCACCACUUCGUCUAAUUACCUAUCUAUGCAAGGCUCAUUACAGACGCCACCUAGUAGAGUCGUGAGGUCCGACAACCUUCUCGUGGCCCGCCGCCGCUCGCCGCUUGUCGCCGUCGACAGGCAACCGGCCGCGCCCCACUCGCUGCUGGCGUCCGAAGUUGCCCUGCCGCCGCUCGAGCGUGAGGCGUGCCUGCGGAAACACUCCAGCUCGCUGAGGUUCGGCCUGCGCGGCCUCGUGUCUUACGCGGCCGGCGACGACCGGCUCGCCAACAUAAAAGGAAGCCCGAGCCCGCUGCGUCUGCAUCGCCCCGCCGCCAGGGGGGCCACACAGUGCUCCAAACCACACUGGCAGCAGGAUCUGUGUCGGGUUUCCAGCAACCACACGGGAGCAGGAUCUGUGUCGGGUUUCCAGCAACCACACCGGUAG